GAAGUAGCCACUGGGUAAUCCCUUCACAUGUUUUUGUUACACCUGUAAAUGACUUUCGUGACCAGAAUUUCCCAGUGAUUUUCAUAGUGUUCCAAGAAGUUUUCUGUGCAUCUAUGCAGUGAAACUGACGAACUGAACAUAGUAGAACCAGGAUACAAUGAAUACAGUAAAAUUCUUACUUACCAAGUGCGUAAUUUCGGGCAUUUCCACGGGCUUGCAUCAGCCGGCCAGGAUAGCCGUUGCUGGACAAUUUGUGAGAUUCUCCUCAACACUUGCACCCAAAGUCAGUUCACUGAAGAUUCCCACUAUCCGGGCGGGAAGUAUUUUGGGAAGUAAGUCCAUCGGCAACAUCUCCACGCUGCAGAUGAAGAAGAGGCCAGUGCGAAAGAAGCGUCCGGAAGAGGCAGAAGUGAGUGAGGAUGGGCAUUUCACCGUGACAGCUUAUGCUACAGCUGAGGAGUAUGAUCUGGAGAAGCUUCUCAGUGGAUUGGUGCAGCAGGAACUGUACGAACCGAAGAAAUUCAUCUGCACAGAUGACAACGGAGUGGAACCGGAUGUUCUCUAUGUUUCGGCCAAAUACCAAGUGGACAAGGAGCCGAGAGAUAUUUUUUUCUUCAGAGAAGGCACAGUGAUCCUGUGGAACAUUGGGGAGCUGGAAUGCAGCAAUGUCCUGUCUUUCCUGAAGCAGUACGAGCAGGAUAGCUACGAUGAGAAUGUCGUGACGGGAGAGAGUGAGCAGAUGGUUUACAAUUAUGUUUCCACAGAGCAGGCUUCAGCUCACCUAAAGCGAGGGCUAUUCUUGCUGACGAGAGAUGAAGACAGCUACCUGGAAAAGUACACAUUUUCCAAUGCAAUGUCCCUGUCUGUGAAGCUGGGCAUUUGGGAAGCAUCCCUGGAUAAAUAUAUCGAAUCAAUUGCUUUCGUGACGGACAAUCUUAAGCGAGGGACAAAGAUUAAAAUAUCCAGGGCGGAUAUGUUGCGCAAAACCGGUGAAUUAUUUGCUCUGAGGCAUCUGAUCAAUCUCAGUUCGGAUCUCUUGGACACUCCGGACUUCUACUGGGACAGGGAACACCUUGAAAAUCUCUAUGCUCAGACUUGUGGGUACUUCAGUAUAUCCCGGAGAACAAAGGUGAUGAAUGAGAAGCUGAAUCAUUGCGUGGAACUGGCUGAUUUGAUCACGUCAAAUCUCAAUGAUGCACAUCAUAUACGGCUGGAAUGGAUGAUCAUCAUCCUGAUUAUGGUGGAAGUUGUCUUUGAGUUCAUUCACUACUUUGAAAGGUACAUGGCUGCCCAGGAAACUGAGGCUCUUCCUGCCGUUUCAGCAAUUGAAGUUAUCCAAUCGGUAGAGUGACCAUAACCUCAAUUAUUUCAAUAAAGUUUUGGCGCCUUUUUUUCCUCAAAA